CCCGUCGGCAGCCACUCCCGGUCUCCGUCGCAGGGCUGGAGAGGGGCACGUGGUCCUUCAGGGGCCAGUCACGUGAGGGACGCAUCUUAGGGAGGCGGGGUUUGACCGAGGGGUCCUAAGUGGCAGUAAAAAGAGGAAGAUGGCGGGGUGCAGGGGGUCCCCGUGCUGCUGCUGCCGGUGGUGCUGCUGUUGCGGCGAGCGCGAGACCCGCACCCCGGAGGAGCUGACCAUCCUUGGGGAGACCCAAGAAGAGGAAGAUGAGAUCCUUCCAAGGAAAGACUAUGAGAGCCUCGACUAUGACCGCUGUAUCAACGACCCUUACCUGGAGGUGCUGGAGACCAUGGAUCACAAGAAGGGGCGCAGGUACGAGGCGGUGAAGUGGAUGACCGUAUUCGCCAUCGGAGUCUGCACGGGGCUGGUGGGUCUCUUUGUGGACUUCUUUGUGCGACUCUUCACCCAGCUCAAGUUCGGAGUGGUCCAGUCGUCGGUGGAGGAAUGUAGCCAGAAAGGCUGCCUUGCCCUGUCCCUCCUCGAGCUCUUGGGCUUUAACUUGACCUUUGUCUUCUUGGCGAGCCUUCUUGUCCUGAUUGAGCCAGUGGCAGCAGGUUCAGGGAUACCUGAGAUCAAGUGCUACCUGAACGGCGUGAAGGUGCCAGGAAUCGUGCGGCUCCGGACCCUGCUCUGCAAAGUCCUGGGAGUGUUGUUCAGCGUGGCUGGAGGGCUCUUUGUGGGGAAGGAAGGCCCCAUGAUCCACAGCGGAGCCGUGGUGGGAGCUGGCCUUCCUCAGUUUCAGAGCAUCUCCUUGCGGAAGAUCCAGUUUAACUUCCCCUAUUUCCGAAGUGACAGAGACAAGCGAGACUUUGUCUCAGCUGGGGCAGCCGCUGGGGUAGCUGCAGCCUUUGGGGCACCCAUUGGAGGCACCUUGUUUAGUCUGGAAGAGGGCUCGUCCUUCUGGAACCAAGGGCUCACGUGGAAAGUGCUCUUUUGCUCCAUGUCUGCCACCUUCACCCUCAACUUCUUCCGUUCUGGGAUUCAGUUCGGAAGUUGGGGCUCCUUCCAGCUCCCGGGACUGCUGAGCUUUGGCGAGUUUAAGUGCUCUGACUCUGAUAAAAAAUGUCAUCUCUGGACAGCUAUGGAUUUGGGGUUCUUCGUCGUGAUGGGGGUCAUUGGGGGCCUCCUGGGAGCCACAUUCAACUGUCUGAACAAGAGGCUUGCAAAGUACCGGAUGCGAAAUGUGCACCCGAAACCUAAGCUCGUCAGAGUCUUGGAGAGCCUCUUGGUGUCCCUGGUAACCACCGCGGUGGUGUUCGUGGCCUCCAUGGUAUUAGGGGAAUGCCGAGAAAUGUCCUCUGCGAGUCAAGUCGGCAAUGGCUCCAUCCAGCUCCAGGUCACAUCAGAAGGUGUGAAUUCCAGUAUCAAGACAUUUUUUUGUCCCAAUGAUACGUACAAUGACAUGGCCACGCUCUUCUUCAACCCUCAGGAGUCGGCCAUCCUCCAGCUUUUCCACCAGGACGGGACCUUCAGCCCCAUCACCCUGGCCUUGUUCUUCGUCCUCUAUUUCCUGCUUGCCUGUUGGACUUACGGCAUUUCUGUGCCAAGUGGUCUGUUUGUGCCCUCUCUGCUGUGUGGGGCAGCUUUUGGGCGCCUCGUGGCCAAUGUCCUCAAAAGCUACAUCGGGCUGGGCCACAUCUACUCGGGGACCUUUGCCCUGAUUGGCGCAGCGGCCUUCUUAGGCGGGGUGGUCCGCAUGAGCAUCAGCCUCACAGUCAUCCUGAUCGAGUCAACCAACGAGAUCACCUAUGGGCUCCCCAUCAUGAUCACCCUGAUGGUAGCCAAAUGGACAGGGGACUUCUUCAACAAGGGCAUCUACGACAUCCACGUGGGCCUGCGGGGCGUGCCGCUCCUGGAGUGGGAGACCGAGGUGGAGAUGGACAAGCUGAGAGCUAGCGACAUCAUGGAGCCCAACCUGACCUACGUCUACCCGCACACCCGCAUCCAGUCUCUGGUCAGCAUCCUGCGCACCACGGUCCACCACGCCUUCCCAGUGGUCACAGAGAACCGGGGCAACGAGAGGGAGUUCAUGAAGGGCAACCAGCUCAUCAGCAACAACAUCAAGUUCAAGAAGUCCAGCAUCCUGACGCGCGCCGGGGAGCAGCGCCGGCGGAGCCAGUCCAUGAAGUCCUACCCGUCGAGCGAGCUGCGCAACAUGUGCGAGGAGCACGCGGCCCCCGAGGAGCCGGCCGAGAAGGAGGACCUGCUGCAGCAGAUGCUGGAGCGCAGAUACACUCCCUACCCCAACCUGUACCCCGACCAGUCCCCGAGCGAAGACUGGACGAUGGAGGAGCGCUUCCGCCCGCUCACCUUCCACGGCCUCGUCCUGCGCUCCCAGCUCGUCACCCUGCUCGUCCGCGGCGUGUGCUACUCGGAGAGCCAGUCGAGCGCCAGCCAGCCGCGCCUUUCCUACGCCGAGAUGGCCGAGGACUACCCGCGGUACCCUGACAUCCACGACCUGGACCUGACGCUGCUGAACCCUCGGAUGAUCGUGGAUGUCACCCCGUAUAUGAACCCCUCACCAUUCACCGUCUCUCCCAACACCCACGUCUCCCAAGUCUUCAACCUGUUCAGAACCAUGGGCCUGCGCCACCUGCCCGUGGUGAACGCCGUGGGAGAGAUCGUGGGGAUCGUUACCCGGCACAACCUGACGUACGAGUUUCUGCAGGCCCGGCUGCGGCAGCACUACCAGACUCUGUGAGGGUCUGCGGGCCCCUCCCCGAGCCGCCCGGCAGGCACAGGCCCCCUCGCAGGCCCCCACAGCUGGCCGGGCUGGUCCAGCCUCGAGGUCCCCAGUCACGCUCUCGCCCAGAGAGCCUGGAAUCACCAAGCACCUCUCUGGCAGAGACCCUGCACCUAGGUGCCCGAGCUGGCGCCUCCCUGUGCUUCUGCAUCACCGUGGGCGCAGGCCCCGCCAGCCAGGGCCGGGGUGGAAGGCAGGCUGGGCCCUGGGUAUCUUUCCUGCUCCGCCCAGCUGCUGCCUUAGCCAUUCUGGUUGGCCUGGGCCCCUGCGAACAGUGGGGGGCCGCUUUCAGUGAAGUCCAUUGCUGAGUUGGGAAAUCGGGCUUGGAGAAAGCCCCCGUGUGCAGGGAGGCCUUCCCUGAACUCCUCCCCCCUCCUCCCCCCCUCCUCCCCCUCCUCCUGCUCCAUGGUUCUGGGGCUCAAGCCCAGGGCCUCCUGCACUCUGGGCCUCUUAGCAUUGUCUCUGGCACGUCUGAAGGGAGGCGAUGCACCUCCCUUCGCAGUGCCGGGCUUCCCCGUGGCCCGAGUCCCCUAGAGC